GCCGGCGCUCGCCUGCCUCGCUUGAGCCAUGCUGCCUGCUGCUGUCCGGAGGUGGUUACACAGACCGAAGCGUUCUGAUCCCAGGCUGCUGUCACAGUUCUUCUAUGCUGAUGAGAGAGUGACUCAAGUGGUAAGGGAGAUCAAUUGUCUGGAUGUGGAGACAGAUCCUCAGCAGUACCUGGUGCUACUAAAUCAGCUGCACCUUAGUCAGGCUGAACUGUUAGCCAUCAUAGAGCAGAUAAUGGAUGAGUGCAUCCCCAAGGAACGUCAUGGCCGUGACUAUGUCAUCAAAUUCCCUGAGGACCUUCUAGUGGAUAGUCUCCGAAAUCACAUGCUGUUUGCUGCUGAGUGUUUGAUGGCACGCACCUAUAUUGAUGUGGAUGAGGCUGAUGGAGUGCGGCUUCGACCUCUGGCCAAAGAUCUGCUGUGCAGCUUAGAACUUGUACGGACAGUCCUCCGGGAGCAGAGCCUGAGCCAACAUGGUCCUUACUCAGAGCCUGUCCGUAGGGCACUGAUUCGCUUUGAUAUACUCUUUGCAGAGUUUGAGCUAAGCUACGUGUCUUCAUUGGUUUCAGUGAAGUCACCUGAAGAGAUCUAUAGACAACAGGAGAUUGUUGUGCUCUUCUGCGAAACUGUGGCCAGAGCUCUGAAGCUUGGCUACUUGACGCAGGAGAUGAUUGAUGGCUAUGAGCCGCAGCUGAUGUUCACAAUUCCCCGGCUGGCCAUUAUUAGUGGGCUCCUGAUCUACCCUGAUGGACCCCUCAACUUGGAACGAAAGCCCGAGGAGAUAUCCCGAGUCUUCAGCCCUUUCUAUGUCUUGCUUAGGAAAAUCAGAGACCUGCUGCGUGUGCUGUCCAAGGAAGAGCUUUACAUACUGGAGAAACGUGUCCUGAAUGAAAGUGCUACUGAUUCACAGGCCUCCUGUGAGGUGAACUCUGCUGACUUCAGGGGCUCUGCGGCGCCACAUAUUUGCUUAUCUGUCCCAAGGCAUCCUGGGCAGGAGUCCAAGAGCACUCGGGCAGGAGCUGUUGCUGUUUCACAGCACUCCCGGUGGUUGGAAUUGCGAGCCCGUUACAGGACCACUGAAGACAUGAUCCACACAUUAUUUGUCUGUGUAUCUGGAGUGGCAGACCAGCUCCAAACCAACUUUGCCAGUGACCUGCGUUCUAUCCUGAAGACUGUAUUUGCAAUUGUGACGUCCCGGACAGAGGAACUGGAAGUAACAGACACUGGCCAGGUGGGGGUCUGUGUGGGGCCUGCAGUUCCUCGCCUGACAGAUUGUGCCCUCUGCUCCAGUGGUAGGCAAGGCCAUGGAAGACAGGACACAUUGGAACCACCGGAGUGGGUGCCAGACAGCACUUGCAGUCAUUGCAUGGCUUGCCGUGUGCCUUUUACUUUUCUUCGUCGACGACACCACUGUCGGAGUUGUGGGAAGAUCUUCUGCUCUCGCUGUUCAUCACACUUGGCACCUCUGCCCCACUUCAGGCAGCUGAAGCCAGUCCGCAUCUGUACUCACUGCUACACCACUCACUUACCUUCUACCCAUAAAGAUGCCAGCGGCUUGUGAGCAUCAGGCUGUGGAGUUGGGGCUUCAUCACACACCUUGCGUGCCUACAGAAACACCAAAGACUGGCAACCAGCCACUGCCUGGGCCACCUGCAAAGGACUAUGGGAAUAGCCACGUGUGUCUUAUUAGGAUGCUCUUACGAGUUCUCCAAAGAGCUUUUCGUAGUGCAGGAUGGAGUAGCAGAAGAGGAAACUCUAGAAUUUCAUAGCAUGUGCUCUUUGUCUUAACAUUUGAAGAACAUCCGUGACCCAUUUCGCCUGGAGCUAGAAUCCAUUGUAGAUGGCACUUGGGCAGACGUCUGUAAAUGCCAUUAAUAGCCUUUUGUGUCUCCAUCACUCCUUUCUCAGAUGGAGUGGAUUGUAACCCAUGUAAGGAUUGCCCGGUGCUGGUAGCCUGGCUUCUGGGUUCCUGCACUUAGGAAAGGGGGGGGGGGGGGUAGGGGAAUCUAAGGCUAGCUUUGUCCUACAGGUUUGUUUUCGACACACCUAUAGAGGUGCAUCGCCAGAUGCGGACUGGAGUGUGAUACGGGUUUCACAGUGCCUUUUGCUGGAGCCGAAAGCAGGAACUUGACUCCAGCAGCACCAUUACAAAGCGGAUGGAAGAUAGCCAUGAACUUUUUGCCUGCCAGCUUCUGUCAUGUAGGAAGGGCUAAGGUGGGUUGUUUAGAAAAGGGCUGCAAUGAACCUUGCAUGUACUUUCUCUAAUAUGCUCUUGCCACACUAGUGUGUGGGGAAAUGCUUUUGAGACCUCUCUGUGAGACUUUACAGCUCCUUCCUCUGAAACCAGCAUGAGCUGGUAACUCUCCUGAAUACUUGAAUGAAGGCUGUCUGUUACUCCUGCCAAUUUGUCUUCUCUGGGUUCAGAAUAACUGUGCCGGCAGCGGCUAUAUUUGCCUGUAGGAUUGCUGUGUUGGGUGCUAGAACAAAUUUAGAGUCCAGUGGAACCUUUAAAGA